CACAAAUCGUUUCCAUAGCGAGGAUUACCUGAGUAGCAAGACGCCUGGACGCUGCUGUUGUGGUAAUACAUGUACAGUAUCCUGCAAACAUUUCUUAAUAUAAUCAGUUAAGUGCCAGCUUGAUUGACGAACAUAGUUUGCAGCACAAAUGCCAGGGAAAACCAAGAAAGUAGAGAAGGAUGAGGAAGCACCUGCUGCCCCAUUGAAUGGUGUAUACAUUUUCCCAAAUGGAGAUAAAUAUGAUGGCGAAUAUAAAGUAACUGAUGAUGGUGCAUUAGAGCGAUCUGGAAAGGGUACUCACACAACAGCCAAUGGUACAGUAUAUGAAGGGGAUUGGGAACAUGAUAAAAUGACAGGACAUGGUCGUCUGACACACCCUAAUGGUAGCGUAUAUGAAGGAGAAUUUGUACGCAACCAGUUCCAUGGCAAAGGGAAGUACACAUGGCCCAAUGGAGCUGUCUAUCAAGGAAGCUUCAAUGAAAACAGAAUGGAAGGUGAAGGGGAUUUUACAGACACUGAUCAUCAAGUCUGGGUUGGGACAUUCCGCUUCAGAGCUGCACCAGGACUCAAGUUUAGACUGGGUGUUGUAUAACCAGUUUGCUGUGACAGAAGAGAGGAGUUUAAUGGAAGGAGAAAGACUAGUCUUAUUUCAAGGCUGCUUCAGACCUUUUGUUAAGAAUGAAUUAACUGUACAGUUGAGAUGUUGAAAUUGGGAUUUGGAACAUAUAGAAUAAAGUUGUAGAGGUAAUGGGUUAAUGCGUCCUCAAAGGGUAAGACUUAUAUGUCGCUGGGAUAGGCUCAAGUGAACGUACUGUGUAUUCAUUGUAACUAAAUUAAAAUAACAAUAGCAGCUUCUGAGACACCAUGGAGACACCAUGGAGA